AUGGAGCGGUUUUUGUACUCGCUACUCACAAACGCAGCAUCCUCCAACCUUGGCGCCAUCACGCAACAAACUCACUCUCUGCUGCUUACAACCGGCCACUUAAUCCGUUCAAUCCGCCUUUUCAACACUCUGCUUCGAUCUUACUCCCUCGGUGGCUCCCCGCAGAAAGCUUUCUCCCUCUACAACCAACUCCAGUCGCUGUACUGCUUCCAUUCCUCCUCCUCAUCGUCUCUACAGCUUCCUUCAUUCGACAGCUUCUCAUACACUUUCCUCAUUAACGCCGCCACUCACGCUUCUUCUCUCCCCAUCGGAACCCAGUUCCAGGGUCGCGGAAUUAAAGCCGGGUUUCAUUCUCACGUCUACGUCCAGACCGCGGCGUUGAACAUGUAUGCGGCUGCAGGUGUUUUGUCUGACGCGCUGCAGGUGUUCGAUGAAAUGCCUGACAGAAAUUCGGUUAGUUGGAAUGUUUUGAUAACGGGAUUGGUGAGGUGGGGUGAGCUGGAAUAUGCUCGGUCUCUGUUUGAUGAGAUGCCGGAGAAGAAUGUUGUGACGUGGACCGGGAUGAUUGAUGGGCAUGUGCGUAUCGGGAGGUUUGGAGAAGGUUUGAGUUUGUUUCAGAGGAUGGUUUGUUGCGAGAAUAUGAAGCCAAGUGAGAUUACCAUUCUUGCCUUAAUGCCGGCUGUUUCAGGUUUGAAAGACAUGAGGGUUUGCAGGUUGGUUCAUUGUUAUGCGGAGAAAAGAGGGUUGAUUGCGUUUGACAUACGGGUUGCUAACUCGGUCAUAGAUACUUACGCGAAAUGUGGGUGCAUAGAGAGUGCUUCCAGGUUUUUUGAGGACUUGAUGGAGAGGAAGAAUUUGGUAUCAUGGACAACCAUUAUAACUGGGCUGGCAAUGCACGGGUUCGGGGAGGAAGCUGUGGAAAGAUUUGAUAGAAUGGAGAAAGCGGGUUGGAAACCUAAUCGGGUGACAUUCUUGAGUGUUUUUAAUGCGUGCAGUCAUGGAGGACUAGUGGAUCAGGGACUCAAGUUCUUAGAAAAGAUGGUAAAUGAGUAUCAAAUUUUGCCUGAUAUCAAGCAUUAUGGAUGUUUAGUAGACAUGCUGGCUAGGCUGGGCAGAUUAGAAGAAGCAGAAAAUUUGGCAUUGGGGAUACCGACAGAGAUUGCAAAUGUCGUGGUUUGGAGAACGCUUCUAGGAGCUUGUAGCUUUCAUGAUAAUGUUGAGAUGGCUGAAAGGGUGACAAGGAAGAUAAUGGAGAUGGAGAGAGGAUAUGGAGGUGACUACGUGCUGAUGCAUAACAUAUUUGUGGGUGCUGGGAGGUUUGGUGAUGCUGAAAAGUUUAGAAAAUUGAUGCACCAGAGAAAUGCCAUAAAACUUCCUGGCCAGAGUGCGAUAUGA